UGCCAUUUUUGUCAUAUCUUUGCACUCAAGAGGGUCACAAAACAGUCGUGCACAGAGUGAGCAUGACUCAUGAUUAAUGUUUUUAUCCAAGCGUGUUUUCCUGACAAACCUGCACAGAAACCCAGGCUGCCACUGAGCAAAGGAGGACAGAAAGACGUCACUUUGGUCGGAACUUCAGUCCCCUGAGACUGUGCAUGUGUCAGGCUGCAGCCGCCGUUCACAUUCACACAAUCUCUGCGUGAAGCUGAAGAUGUUUCCGAGCACAUUCCAAGUUUUAGAAGAUUUGGUGUAAAAAUGUGUGACAUCAAAAGAUUCAUUUGAUCAAUCAGGUUUCAGACCAUUCAGGUAAGAAAUCCUUCCCCACUCACAAGAGAAACUGAUCACACUGUAUGUUCAGGAAGGGUUCACAUCACGGAGAAAUUUGGAAUAUUCUCCAACAGGCAGUCAUGACUUCUGCAGUCUCCCUGGAGAUCAGCUCUCCAUCUUUGCUUCUGUCCGUUUCCUGUCACGAUCACUGUGUUUCUCCUUUGAUUUGUCUUUAAGUCAACUCUUUUCCCUUUCGUCUCGCUGUGAAAUAAAGAGGCUGGGGUCUGUGUGAUUUACAGUCCAGAUGCCCCAGAGAUGGACUGAUGAUGCUGGGGAUGUGUGGGCGUUGUUAAAACCUCCUAAAGCGGGGAGGCGGUGGGGUAGUUAAUGCAGCAGGCCUCUAAACCUUCCCAUUGGUCCACUGAUGGAAGCUACACCAAUGACACGUCCGGGCUCUGCAAAUAAAAGCAGGUACGAGGAGCCGCAGGAAGAGCGAGAGGUGGUCUGAGAAGAGGAAGUUGGUGAACGAUAGAUGCACCUCUGAGACUAAAUCCAUCUGGAAGUUUCUGCCCAACUCCUGAGGAUCACGGGGCCCGCUGUUAAACUUGACUGUGUGCGUCAGGGAUGGAUCGGGUGAAGAUGGAGUGGUAUGUCCUGGUGCUGAUGCUGAGUCUGCCGCCCUCCAUCCACGCGGACUGCUCGUCUCUGUGUCAGAGAUGCGCGGAGCAGAUGCUUCGCUCCGACGCCGCCUUCGGCAGCCUGUCCUGCAGUGAGGAGUGCGACACGGACAGCUGCGAGCCCACGCCGCGGCUGGCGGACUUCACCCAGGACGUGGCUGCGGAGGCGGAGGAGAGCCAGCAGGCGGACCUGGUCAAGCGCUACGGCGGCUUCAUCAAGCGGAUCGACAAGAACAAGAUCCUCAAGUCGUCUCCAUGGCGCGACAACUACAUCCAGAAAGCGGCCACGCUGCCCAGAAAGUACGAGGACUGGCUAAAGCGGCUGGACGCCAGAGACGCGGACGCGCCCCAGUACGCGGACGACUCCGCGGAGGAGGAGCGACUCCUGCACAGCUCUGUGAAACGUUACGGCGGCUUUUUACGCAAGUUCGGUCCCAAAUCAAAGCGGAGUAGUUCCGCGGAGCAGGAGAGCCAGGAGCCCGAGGAGCUCCAGAAGCGCUACGGCGGCUUCAUGCGGAGGGUCCGGCCCAAGCUGAACAACCUGAAGUGGGACAAGAGGUACGGGGGCUUUCUGCGCCGCCACUUCAAGAUCUCCGUGCGCUCGUUGGAGGAGCCCGUUUACUCCUACGAUGAGCCUAGUCUGCAGACGAACUGAACACUCGCAGAACUUGCGCCGGCUGACUGGAAAUGUCCGUUUGUUGGAGGAGUUUGUGCGCGCCUGACCCGCUCCAGCGUAAACCAUCUGCACCUCAUCCUUACGUCCCGUUAACCAGAAUCGACCCGUUCGCGGUUGUCCGGUAGAAAUGUUGCUUUGACCUUUUUUAGUACGGACUGGAAGCAGCACUUUAGAACCCCGACGCGUCUCAUCCAAGCGGGCUGUUUCAUGCUUUGUCAAUUGUACAUAUGGAGUUUUUGGUUGACAAAAUAAAUUAUUUUUGAGUUGCUU